CUCCCGCAUACCCCCGCUCUUCGCCAUGGACUGUCCCGCCGAGCGAACCAAGGCGGUUGCCAAUACCCUGCGUGUGACGCAGGAUAUCGAAGAGCAGAUCGCGCUUCUUCGCCGGGCGCCCGUCAUCCCCUGCCCGCCGGAGCAACUCCGCGACACUCUCGCCCAGACGGAGGCCUGCCUCGCGGCCAUGCGGGCCAUGUCCGAGGCCUCGAUCACUGACAUCCUCGCGCAUUGCUGGAAGGCCAUCGAAAUGGCAGAUCUCCCGACAGUCAAAAUGAUUUGCUCCACCGAUCAGGCCGGCAUCCUGCCUUUGCUACGGAGCAGCCACGGCUGCUCAAUCCUCCACCACGCCAUCUCCCAGGACGUUGUGUCUUACAACGUGGCAGCCGCCGACCAGACAGCCCCCGGCCUUUCGGCCCCGCUGGAGGUCAUUGCCUUCCUGUGCUGGCGAUAUCCCUCCCUGCGACUGGCCCGCAAUGCCGCCGGCCUGACGGCGCUGCACCUCUGCUUGCAGACCUUCAGCCUGGAGUCCAUCAUGGCCAUGAUGUGUCAGCCGGAUGGGACCCCCUACUCGUUGGUGGCUGCGGCCGCCGGCGACGCCAAUACCACCGCCGACCCGCUGUCGCACUUUUACCAGCUGAUGGUCCACCUGGCCCCGGCGAUGGCCCCGGGCGGCGAUGGCCCCAGAGAAGCUCCAGCCCCCGUCGCCCCCCCGGCCCAGGCGCCUUCGGUGCAGGUGGACCCCUCGCUGACCAACUUCUCGCUGCUGCUGACGGGUCUCCCGCCCACGGAUUUCAUCCUGGCCCCUCACCCGCGCACAGGGAGGACGGCCAUCUGCGAGGCGGAUGCCGCCCUGCGGAACAUUGUCCUCGGCCGACUUUGGCGCCCUCCCCUUUGGGUGCCGGACAGCCAGUCCUCUUCUUGCAUGGUGUGCAGCCGGGGCUUCACCUCGGUCGGCCGCCGCCGGCACCAUUGCCGGCACUGUAGUCGGCUUGUGUGCAACUCCUGCUCAUCGCGGUCCUGUGCCAUCCCCAAGUUUGGCUCAUCUACGCGCCUUCGCGUGUGCGAUCACUGCUUCCCCUUCGCAUCACACUCCAAGACCUACUGAGCGUAGCCGGGCUGGCCCCUCCUCCUCCUCCUCUUGGCCUUCCUCCUUUGCCCUUUGUUUCAUUUCAUACAUCCAUAGAAUACCGAUGGCCAGGAGAGGCGCAGAGCAGAUGCUCAGGGGCGUGUCC